AUGGCGAGGAAGAACAGUGCAAAGGCAGCCCGGAAGGUCUCUCAGGGAGCUCAAGUCCCAUCCCCAGCCGGCUCCGCCGGCUCCGCCGGCUCCGCCGCCGCCGGUGGUGCGGAUGUCAACUUGGAGUAUACAGUGAUGUGUUCCUUCUAUGCCGUGGGCAAAUGCUUGAGGGGCGAGAAUUGCAAGUUUGCACAUGAUCCUACACAGAUUCGCGAGAAGCCAAAUCUUACCCGCACAAGCUUAUGCCAUGACUUCAUGCGAAAGCGCAGUUGCAAGAAUGGAGACAACUGCAGGUAUGCUCAUGGCGAGAAGGAGCUUCGCCAGGAGAAGACCCAGCCGGAGCCGUCUUUGAUGUGGGAUCCCAUUGGCUUGUCCUCCAUGAGCUUCCCGGAGGGUGCGACUUCAGCCACUAAGUUACUCCCAUUGAUGGAGAAACUAAUGCAGAAGCGGCAGCCGCGACCAUCCAAAGUGAACCCUGCCACAUUCCAUGGCUGGAAUCAAAGGGCUUGGAGGAGCCAAACGCUGGAGGCCUUGGCCAUGGAUCUGAAGCUGAAAGCACAAAUCCCUUGCGUUGAGUCGAAUGAGGGCUCAUGGAAUGAUCCGUGGAAGGUUGUGAUGCAAAAGAACGGCCAUAUCAGCUGCACAUUUGAUUCUGCUCUUCCGAAGAGCUUGGACCUUCCCGUGCACAUCCAGAACAACCUGGACAUUGACUUGGACGUGCCUCCCUAUGACUUUGUCAGGUUCCAUUCAAUGCCUGCUCGCGUGGCAUGA